AUCUUGAUGGUUAUGGCAAAAUCCUUCAUCAGCGUAUGGUAUAAUGGGCUACCAGUUGGAUGAUUUGCAGUCAUCUGAAACAUGAUAUAUACUUCUCCUCUUCUUUGUCCAUGCCUACAUGCUGACACACUACCAGUUUUGUUUCCAAAAGAGGAGUUCACAGAACUACACAGUGCCUGAUCCAACUAGCCGCUUUGAUGUUCCUCACUGGACCAUACUAUGUCAGAGAGCCACAAUGAUCAUGCAAAAUAACAGUUCAGCCUCGCCCCUGUUUUCAAAUGUGAGCUCCUUCUGGAAGAGAGAUUCACAUGGACCGGGACUCCUCGAUGAAGCAGCGUCGCUCAUUGGCAGCUAUGAUUUCCCUCAGACUACAGAGAGUUUUCCCUUCUCCACUGUGGAGUCAGCAAACAUGUCCCUAAAUGCCACAAGCAAAGACCCUCUGGGUGGACACACUGUCUGGCAAGUAGUUUUGAUUGCUUUCCUCACUGGGAUCCUUGCACUGGUGACCAUCAUAGGAAACAUCCUAGUGAUUGUUGCAUUUAAGGUUAACAAACAACUGAAAACGGUCAACAACUACUUCUUGUUGAGUCUUGCUUGUGCAGAUUUGAUCAUCGGUGUUAUUUCCAUGAAUCUCUACACCACAUACAUCAUCAUGAACCACUGGGCUUUGGGAAACUUGGCCUGUGAUCUUUGGCUCUCCAUUGACUAUGUCGCCAGUAAUGCCUCUGUCAUGAAUCUCCUUGUCAUAAGUUUUGACAGGUAUUUUUCCAUCACGAGGCCACUUACGUACAGAGCCAAACGAACAACCAAAAGGGCUGGGGUGAUGAUUGGUUUAGCAUGGAUCAUCUCUUUUGUUCUUUGGGCCCCUGCCAUCUUGUUCUGGCAGUAUUUUGUUGGGGAGAGGACUGUACCUCCUGAUGAAUGUUUCAUCCAGUUUCUAAGUGAACCUGUCAUCACUUUUGGCACUGCCAUAGCUGCCUUUUACUUGCCAGUCACCAUUAUGAGUAUUUUGUAUUGGAGGAUCUACAAGGAGACCGAGAAACGCACCAAAGAGUUAGCAGGCCUACAGGCUUCGGGCAGUGAAGCAGAGGCAGCACGCUUCGUACACCAGACAGGCAGCUCCCGGAGCUGCAGCAGCUACGAGCUGCAACGGCAGAGCAUGAAACGCUCCACCCGAAGGAAAUACAGACGCUGCCACUUCUGGCUCACAAUGAAGAGCUGGGAACCCAAUGCAGACCAGGGGGACCAAGAGCACAGCAGCAGCGACAGCUGGAACAACAACGACGCUGCUGCCUCCCUUGAAAAUUCAGCCUCCUCUGAUGAAGAAGACAUCGCUGCAGAGACCAGAGCCAUCUAUUCAAUCGUGCUGAAGCUUCCUGGUCACAGCGCCAUCCUCAAUUCCACGAAACUACCCUCCUCAGAAGAUUUGCAUGAGUCAGGGGAUGAACUGCAGAAAUCCGACACAGAAUCGAAGGAAAAGAAACCUAAAAAAUUGCACCCUCCCAAAAGCGUUCAGGAUGGUGGAAAUUUCCAAAAGAGCUUUUCUAAGCUGCCAAUUCAGCCAGGGUCAGCAGAGACAACCACAGCUUCUGAUGGCAUCUCGUCAGUGACCAAGACAUCUGCAGCCCUGCCCUUGUCCUUCAAGGAAGCAACCCUGGCAAAAAAGUUUGCCUUGAAGACCAGAAGUCAGAUCACAAAGCGAAAACGAAUGUCACUUAUCAAAGAAAAGAAAGCGGCACAGACACUCAGUGCCAUUUUGUUUGCCUUCAUCAUUACCUGGACCCCAUAUAACAUCAUGGUUCUGGUGAACACCUUUUGCAGCUGUAUCCCCAAAACUUUCUGGAACCUGGGGUACUGGCUUUGCUACAUCAAUAGCACAGUGAACCCUGUGUGCUAUGCACUGUGUAACAAAACAUUCAGAAACACUUUCAAGAUGCUACUGCUGUGCCAGUGUGACAAACGAAAACGACGCAAACAGCAGUAUCAGCAAAGGCAGUCCGUCAUUUUUCAUAAGCGGAUCCCUAGGGAGGCUUCAUAGGAUAGUAUUUUUUAAACAAUUAAAAAAAUAAUGAAGGGGGAUGGGAUGGGACGGGAUGGGACAGGACGGGACAGGACGGGAUGAGACGGGACGGGACAGGAUAGGAAAGGAUGGGAUGGGAUGGGUUGGGGUGGGA